CAGACACAUUCAGGAGACACCUUAGACUUAUAUUACAUCUUGUGAAAAAGCAUUCUUGGGCACCUUUAAAUGAUAUUUCAUAUUUUUGCAUAAUUUGACAACAUCGUAGCUUUAUUGGAAAUGAUACAGAAUAAAAAUAGUAUGCACACAAAUGAUAUUUACAUUGAUUUUCACUUUUUGUUCAGAUUAUCAUAGUUUUAAACAUUCAACAAUUGGAAAUCGUUGGAUUUUUAUAGUUUAAGAUCUACAUACAGGUCAGGUACAAGGUAAAAAUGAUAAAAAUCACUUUAAAAAUAGCAAAAAUAAAGGAUGGAGGCCUAGUUAAAAAAAAAAAAAAAAUGUAAUGUGACCUUCAUAUAACCAAAAAUAAAUAAGUUUAAUCUGUUUUAAAAACAACCACUGGGACAUAAUCAUGUCUGUAAUUGAAGAAACACCUGAUUUUUAAAUAUCUGUUAUUGGUUAUACUUAAAGGUGCAGUAAGCAAUUUCUGGGAAACGCUGUUGAUAUUUGAAACCACCAAAAACAAACAUGCUCCUACCCGAAAGGAUCUUGAUAGCUCAUCCCCUAAAUUCAUUAAAACGCUAUGCAACACAGGCAACUCCCCCCUAAUGAGUGUACACGCCCCUUACUGCUGAUUGGCUACAGGUGUGUUUCAGUGGUCAGUCCGAUCCACUUUCAACAGGAAUCCUGUUCUCAAUUGUGUUCUGAUUCAUUGUGCAGCCCUACAGUAUAUAUAGCUGCAGAGAGGGAACAAGACUGGCACAUGGCCCAGGCUAAACUCGAACCCAGGUCGCCAAAAGCACACAAAAAAAACUUUUUUGCUAACUGGAAAUAGAGCAAUUUUUGCUAACUUUCUAACAUUUUCAUAGCAGGGAGGAGGCAGAUUGACAUUAGACGACAUUUCUUUUAUUUCCACCGGCAUCAAAGUCAUUGUCUGAAUCAUGCGUUUUUUUUUAAUACCAAUCUGGAGCUCAAAGGACCGUCGUUUGUGUUGGUCUGCGGCAUGCGGUGUGAAAAUAAGCCUGUAGCAUUUAGAGACUCUGAAUACCCAAGCAAAAGCGAUGGAGAACCUCUGUGUACAAAUGCCACAGUGAUAGUCAUCAGAUGGCUGGAUCAGGGUGAGCUGAUCAUACCGCAUGCUGGCCGCCGCUGUGGUGCAGACUCGAGCAUUAGGACUUCAAUAAAGUGAGGAAAGACCACGUAAUUCUCACACAAAUGCAAGACGAUCCUCUCCAUUUCUUAUCCAAUUAUAGAGGUGUGAAAACAACAUGCUGCGACACAAAGGGUGGCCUUAUACACACGCACACUUUUGCAUGAAGGUAUACGUGUAUGGCGGCAUUUUAAUGCCAUUAAUGAUCGAGCGCACAACUGAUGUUUGCGCGCGCAGUAAAUCACUUCCGCGAGAGGAUAACAGAUCUACACGCGAGCAAACGGGAGCCCGCGAGCUCAUUUUAAACCCGCGCGCGCGCAUGACAUCUCCUUUGCGCGCAGAUCAAGCCCUCGCGUGCUCGGACAAGAUUCGCAGCACGCGCGUCAUCAUUCCCCACACUCGCGCUCAAUUAUGGCGACAUUUUAAUGCCAUUAAUGACCGAGCGCACAAUUGAUGCUUGCGCGCGCAGUAAAUCACUUCCGCGAGAGGAUAACAGAUCUGCAAGCGAGGAAACGGGAGCCCGCGAGCUCAUUUUAAACCCGCGCGCGCACAUGACAUCUCUUCUGCGCGCAGAUCAAGCCCUCGCGUGCUCGGACAAGACUCACAGCACGCGCGUCAUCAUUCCCCACACUCUCGCUCAAUCUUCUAUUUCGCUCGCGCGAACACUUUUGAUUUUUGUCAGUCGUGGGGCGGGACUUUACUUAUUUCAUUGAAACCUGAAAUCUCAUUGGUCAACUCAGUUUUUCCGGAAGUCUGUUGUGAUUGGACGCCUGUGAGUAGCAAUCAAGAGCUGAAGCAGAGUUAUCAAGAUGGACAACCAAAGAGAGGCCGAGUUGCAGAACGCUGCCAGGCAUGUUGUGUCCCUUUUACGCAGUGCUCUAACACGUGAGUCAUGCCCACCGUCAGGAAUGGAUGAAGGGCAGGUUCAGAGAGAACAGGUCACAGCAGGCAGGAGGCAACAUGCAACACAGCUACAGGGUCAGGCAACCCCUGGCAACAGGGUGGAGUCUGCAGUGAGACCACAGCGCACCCUUAGUGGUGUUGCAUCAGGAAAUUCAGUGGACCAGAGUAUGGCCAGAGCAUUCCCUGGUCUUUUCAAGGCACGAAAAAGCUUUAUCCCAACUCCUAAAAAAAGGCCUGCCAGGUCAAUGCCAAUUCAGUUUUUCCUGCUAAAUAAAAGUGUUAAACGGACCCCAAAAGCCUCUGAAGAGUUGAUUCUUCUACAGGCUGGACUAGGACGGAGGACUGUUGCUAUCCCAGAGGAUGCUGAUCACUCUGAGAUAUCUAAACUAUUGUUGGAGACAUAUUCAAAAAUGGAAUCAUUGGAGGGAGCCUGGAUGCUGUAUAAAGCUGUUGGUGGAUCUGGUCAGCGAAAGCUGAAUGUGGUUGCUCCGGAAGCUGAAGGAUACACAGGGUCCUACCUUAUUAAAACGGUUGGAGGAAAGGGCUGUUUAUACAUAAUGCCAAUUCAGAACACACUGGACAUCUCCCCUUUACCUUACUCAUCCAAAGAAUUUGAAAAAAUGCCAAAAGCUCGAUGUGUCAAGUGUCACACAGACAUGCCUGUUCAACUGUUGGCUGUGCACGUCCAGAAGUGUGAGACAGACAUAUGGAUUAACAGCAGCGAUAGUGAAUCAGAGCCUAUAGAUUUCUUGCUGUCAUCUGAUACAGAAGUGCCUUCCAUUUCUACAAUAGUGGAUGAAGAUAAUUCCAACGAUCCUGGAGACCCUACAAAUGAAGAAGUGGCAUCUACUUCGACAGAAUUGAAUCGGUGUAGUGGCCAUUUAGGGAAUGAGUUGGAUUCACCUUCAGUGGUUAUGGAUGCCAAGGUAUCUUGUCCUGUGUGUUCUGCCAUGUAUUCAGAAGACUUUAUUGAAGUACAUGCAAGUACCUGUGGGGAAAGAGCUGACGAUAGACCAAACCAAGAUUUGGACAUAACGGGACAAAAGCAAGACAAGCAAAAGAGUCUUACAGACGCAAUCAACACACUUAAAAAGGCAAUAGACCCUUCAACCAUUUUCAGCCUCUGUGUCACAAGGGAAGACAUGUUUUCCCGAGGCCUAACACAGUGGAAACGGCAGAAGAAGUCCUCUCCGAAGAAUCCCCUCAGAGUCACAUUCAUUGGAGAGCCUGGGAUAGAUAGUGGUGCUCUAAUGAAAGAAUUCCUGACCGAAAUGAUGGCCGGAAUUGAGGAAAAAUUCUUUGAGGGAGGGAGCACUGGGAAAAAUCUUAAGUAUUCAAUUACGGACUUUCAGAAUGACAAUCUCAGGAUAGUUGGUGAAAUAAUGGCAGUGAGCAUUACUCAGGAUGGACCUCCACCCAACUUUUUCAUGGAGUGGAUAUACAAUUUCAUUUCUUCCGGCGAGAUUAAAAAAGAUGAGCUGACAAAGGCUGACAUAACAGAUGCAGACCUGCUAGAUCUAAUUGACAAGAUUGAGACCGCAGACACUACAGCCUUGCUUGACCUUUCUGAAAGAAUUGUAGCAUGUGGGUACACAGGACCCCUAACAUGUGAUCGAAAGGAAGAGAUUGUCAGUGCUGUUGUUCUGCAUUCGUCUGUGCGAAUCCUCCCAAUGCUGCAGCAAAUGUGCAGAGGAUUGGAACUCUAUGGCCUCCAUGAAAUGGUGAAACAGAAUCAGCCUUUAUUUCAGCCGUUAUUUGUUCCUGGUCACUUUACAAAACCUGAUGCAGAUUUUCUCAUGAUGGCCCUGUCACCCAUUUUAAGUGAGGUGGGUUCAGUGAAGCGGCAGAGAGAAUCAAGAAUUGUGAACUACUUGCAGGACUUCAUUCAAAGCCUUGAAGAUGAAGAAGAAGGGAGCAGCAGUAAGGAGAGCAGGGUUGGAGAUGACAGCGAACAGGAGGAUAAAACAAACUGCACAAAAGGAGAUGCAGAACAAGACAAGAUCACCGUCAGCAGUUUCAUGCAGUGGAUUACUGGCCAGGGGCAUGUCCCCAUUACUUCUGCACAAAGAGAAAAAUUUAAAAUACAUGUUGAAUUUGAUCAUGACUGCCAGCUUCGAUAUGGUCAGCAUAGUUUAUGCUUCCCUCUAGUAAAUGCAUGUUCCUGUACUGUGACCUUGCCUACACAGCACCUAGGGACAAACACAGAGUUCCUCGGCAUUAUGAGACAGGCUGUGAGCAAUAGCAGAGAAUUUGGUCGUUCAUGAACUUGAUUCUUACUAUAGUUUAAUCACUAUACUGUGUACCCUCUGUUAUGUCGUUAAUAAUAUGUUAAAAGAAUAGGGGUGCAGUAGCUUGAAUUUGGUCGUUCAUGAACUUGAAUCCUAGUAUAGUGUUUACUGUUUACCCUCUGUAACUGUUAUGGCGGUAUCAAUAUGUUAAAAGAAUAGGGGUGCAGUAGCUUUUGGAUAUUUGACUAGUUUUUUAUUUUUUUUAAUUCAUCAUUGACUUGUAAUACAACAAAAGCAGCCAAGAUUGCUGCCAAAUUGUUCCAAACUCUAUUCAGAUGUGAAAAAACUGUACAUCAACACACAGUAAGCUUCAGAGCAAAAUAAAUCCAUUAUGCUGUUCA